AUGUCUCGCAGCGCUCGCCCCCUCACCUCCGCCCGUGUCCUGUACAAAAUCAAGGAAUUAACAACCCCGCAGUCCAGCACUGAAUACGUGAUCAACCGGAAUCCACGGAACUUGGAAAGAUUACGCAUUGCCUACAAGCCGGGCGGUUAUCAUCUGGAGAAACCCGGUCGAUCCUACUGGCACACUUUGGAGAUCAACGCCAGUGGCCGCUACGUCAGCGCCGAUGUUAAGCACUUCGAGAAUGGAACCAUACUGAGUGCCAGCACCUCGGAAUGGGCCAUUAAACAGCAGUUGUACAAGACCAACGACACAUCUGCGUUUAUAAAUCUCGGCAGAGUGCUCGCACACCGCUGCCUGCAGUCUGGGAUCACGGAAAUGACCUGCAACGUGGAGGCGGUACCGGGUAGCAAGCUGCAGAAGCUGCUCAAAACCAUUCAGGAUAAUGGGGUGUCCUUCACGGAACCCUCUCGUCUGCCCAACGAGCAGCCCUGGGAUGAGAAGAGGCAUGAGAAGCCCUGGGAGGUGUCGGAAGAAGCACUGGAAGUACUGGACGCACCCAAAUCAAAAUAGCCCAAAGAAACCACACUUCGUUUUCGUUUCGUUUAAAAUAAACGUUGAUUAUUAUUGCUAAUUACAA